CCCUGUUCUCUCUUUUCAGAUUUCCCUUCUCCCUGUAUUCUUGCAUGUUGCUGAAUUGCUAAUCAAAUUUGCCUUGUUGCUAAUCUAAAUGUUGCUGUAAAUCGGGACUUUACUUGGAUUUGUUAAAUUUGUUGCUGUAACUUGAAUUUAUUGCCGAAUUUGUUGCUUCCCAGUCACAGAAUCAGAACAGAAUACUCGGUAAGUGCUUGGUUGAUUGGUUUUGCUCACUGAUUGUAUUUGAUGAUAAAUUUUAAAUUGAUAACUUUUAAAUUUUAAAUUUGCACCGCGUGUUACUGAUUCACUGUUGCUUCAGUACUUUUUGUUGUUAAUCAUUGUGAUGAGCUUUAUUAAAAUUGGGUUGAAAACUGUUGAAUCUUUUUUCAUUUUUUAUUGUUCUUAACUUCUGUAAUUAUUUAGUUGGAUAACUGAUGUAAUUAUUGAGUUCAAGAGAUUGAGUUUUUGAUUUGCAAGGUGAUUUUUGGUUGAUUUUUUAUUUAAUUUGAUAAUGGUGUUUAUGAUUGGGGUUAUCUGGUUUUCAUUCUUUUUGAAUUUGAAAAUUCCUCCUACUUCAAACUGCUUAUGCUGCGUCUCACUAUUUCUGGUGUGUAACUUGUAUACUUCUGCAUGAUUCUCUUUUGAUUCCACACAAAGUUGAUGAAAAAAACUGAUUUUGUUAUCUGGGGUAAUCUUAUUCUGUUUCUGUCUAUGCUUUCUUGCUAAUGGAACAUUCUAGUCUAGUUGUUUAGUGAUCAGAAUGUUAUUCCUUCUUAGCUUCAUGGAAUGAAAGAGAAACUACAUUGCAUCCUCAGAGGAAUCAAAAACCAUUAAUUAAUUUAUAUAUUAUUCAUUUUAGUUUUAUGAUUCUAUCAAUUUGGUUGUGUACUUAUUCUUCUUAUUCAGCAUAGGAAUUUAGCUGUGUACUUAUUCUUCUACAUUGGCAUGUUCAUCUUCACUUUGCAAUAACAAAAAGCUUCUCAUUUGAUGAUCUAUUAACUACCUCAUUUUCUCGUACCAUUCCUUUUGUUAUGGCUUUAGCUAAGAAAUUGGAGGGGCUGGAUGAGGAGACAUUGAUGCCAGAAGACACCACCACCAUCAACAUAUCAUUGUUACUUGAAAGUUUCUUUUAGCACAAUAGUUGAAAUCACAAUCAUAAUUACAUAAUAUGUUUAAAUAAUUAUCCCAAAAAAAACAGAAACUCACAAGAACAUCUUGAGGUUUUGAUGAUUGAUAACUCUUUAUGUUGACAUUUAAUAUUUGAUAUUUCUUUAUACUAUUUAACUUGAGUUUGCAUAUUAAUAAGAUUAUAUGAAUUUGAUUGAUGACAUUUAAUGUAGUUUUUUAAAUUUGAAAACUAUUUUAAUAUUUAUAUUAUACUAUAAUUAUAUUUUAGGAUGUUUAUUUAUAAUUUAUUUAUUAUUUUAUUUUAAAACGGUUUUUCCGGUUGAACCACUGGUUUGACCGGUUAGACCAGUAAACCAGUGAACCAGUAGCUAGAGCGGUUUGAUGACCGGUCCGGUUUUCCGAACAAUACAUCCUGUACUGGAGAUUGGAGAACUCUGAAGCGAAGGAACCCUAGCCCUCCAUCGUCGCCGCCGUUCCCAGGUCGUCAGCGCCGCUGCCGUCCCCAGGUCGUCAACACCUCCAUUCCCAGGUCGUCGAACCCUAACCCAGUAACUCGGCAGGUACUCUUCAUCUUCGCUGGCUUCUUGGCAUGGAACCCAGAAACCUUUAACUGCCGCGAGAGGCGAGAGCUCCCAUUGUGAGCAACCAUGGCACCAAACAAAACGAAGAAGAACAAGAAGGGUCGAUACGGCGUCGCGGAGAUAAAAACCCUAGGCAAUGAUCUCCUCUCUUCAGCUUCAAACAUCAACAACCUUCCUCUUCUUCUCAAUUUUGUUAACCCUUCUUCCCCACCACACCAUCUCCUUGAAUCCCUUCUCUCUCUCCACUCCUUCUUCCUCCCUCUCCUCCCCACUCUCCCUUCCUCCUCCUCACGUACCGCCGACGCAAAAGGAUCCGAGCACCAGUCACACUUCAUCUACAAUGCCUGGCUAAGGUCAAAGUUCGAUGAGCUCGUUAAGUCUCUCCUGGAGGUUCUUGUUUCGCCGCGGCAACAGCAGGAGGAGCAGGAGGCUGUCAAGGAGGUCGUGCUUGACACGCUAAUGGAGUUCGUUAAGGUUGCUAAUGGCGGCAGGUUCCAUUCUGCUAUAUACCAUAGGUUCCUCCAUAGCAUUGUCCAUUCUGAGAGUUCGGUUGAAUUUUUGGUGGAUUUACUAACAGCGAAGUAUUUCAAGUAUAUUGAUGUGUGUUAUUUUACACUCAUUAGCCUGAAAAAGCUGGCAACAACUUUGGAGGGAAAAGAUCAAUCAGAGGAUAAAAGUGAAAAUGCAGAUGUUGCGGAUGCAAGUCAGUUGAGCUCAAGUACGGAGCGUGUCAUCCACAAUAUCUAUUACACCAUAUCACGUGUCCCUCCUUUUGAAAACUCAGAUAAUACAUCUGAUCUUGAAAUGUGGAGCAGAUCAGAAAAUGAACAUAAGCAGCCUUGUGGAGAUGUGAAUGCAGAUGAUAAGCAGGUGAAGCCUGGAAAGCAUGACAAUAGUGUACUCUCUGCAGCCAAAAUUGCUAAGAAAAUGAAAUUAAAAUUUACCCAAGCAUGGCUUUCAUUUCUCAGAUUGCCACUUCCACUUGAUGUGUACAAGGAGGUUCUUGUUAAUCUCCACCAAGUCGUUAUUCCACAUCUUUCAAAUCCUGUCAUGUUGUGUGAUUUCUUAACAAGAUCAUAUGACAUUGGUGGCGUUGUCAGUGUGAUGGCUCUUAGCAGCCUGUUUAUACUCAUGACCCAGUAUGGAUUAGAAUACCCAAAUUUCUACGAAAAACUCUAUGUUCUCUUAGUUCCAUCUAUCUUCAUGGCGAAACAUCGAGCAAGAUUUUUCCAGCUUCUUGAUUCUUGCCUCAAGUCACCACUUCUUCCAGCUUACCUGGCUGCAUCAUUUGCUAAGAAAAUGAGUAGGUUAUUGCUUUCAAUUCCUCCCUCAGGAGCAUUGGUCAUUACAGCUCUUAUCCACAAUAUUUUGCGUAGACAUCCAUCAAUUAAUUGUUUGGUGCACCGGGAAGAUCAAGUUGAUGAAGGAAAAGGGGAUAAGGCAACAGAUGAAGCAACUGCUGCAAACUCGGACGAUGCAAAGGUCAGUGCCAGCCAAAAGUUAGGCAUUGACCAUUUCAACUACGGAGAACCUAACCCUAAGAAGUCAAAUGCUACGAGAAGUUCUCUUUGGGAAGUUGAUACUAUUCUUCAGCACUACUGUCCUCCUGUCUCACGGUUUGCUUUGUCUCUUGAGAAUGAUUUGACAGUCAGGGCCAAAACAAGUGAGGUUAACGUUGGUGAUUUUAGUUCUGGUUCAUAUGCAACAAUAAUUGGAGCAGAGAUGUCGCGGAGGGUAAAGCAGGUUCCUCUUGCAUUCUACAAAUCAACUCCUUCCACUUUGUUUUCAGACGCCGAUUUUGCUGGUUGGACUUUUGAUUUCAAAGACACCUCCGAAAUAAUGCACGGUAGUGAUGAGAAUGCUGAUAAAGAUGAUCAAAACUCUGGGAAACGGCAACGAGUAGUGUGACCAGUAUUCAUGUUUAUCAACCACCAAGAGUAUCUACUGCUUGUGUUCUGUGAAGAUGUGCUACCAUACCUUCCUAUAUUUUGUUAAGCAAAGGAGGAAAAAUGGACCCUUAAGGAAUUUGGAGGGAGUGUUACAUGCUCAUUCAUACUAACAAAAAAAGCGUGACUAAAUAUGUGAUACUCAUCUCCAUUAAUUUUUGUAGCUUAAGGUUGGGGGAUUCGCUUAGCCUGUUCUUUAUAUAUUUUUAGUAAAUUGAAAUUCAGUGUGAAAAUUUUCAUGUAUCUACAAAAUUUUCAUGUUCUUUAUAUAUUUUUAGCAAUUAGCAUUGUUUCUGUUUU